AUGGGCCGAAGAAAUGUUAGGUUUCCCCAUCGCUCGAAUGGCGACCAGGCCUUGCGGUCGAGUUUUUCAGAAGUGAGCGAUGGCGAGACAUCAGCCAGCAAAGAUGAAGGCAAUCAACAAGAGACCUCCGACGCUCCGGCUCUCUCGGACUACGAAAAAAAGAAACAGACCUUCAUCACUCGAACGAUAUGGACCUUUGUCAUGAUUGCCGGGUUCUUCAGUGCCAUGUUCUCUGGACACAUAUACCUCAUUGCCAUCGUUACCGCCGUCCAGAUUAUCUCCUUCAAGGAGGUUAUUGCGAUUGCAAAUGUCCCCAGCAAAGGCAGGAAUCUCCGCUUUACGAAAUCACUGAAUUGGUACUUCUUGGCUACAACCAUGUACUUUCUUUACGGAGAAAGUGUCAUCUACUAUUUCAAACAUAUUCUGUUGGUUGAUCGGAUACUGUUGCCAUUCGCAACCCACCAUCGUUUCCUUAGUUUCAUGCUUUACGUUUUCGGCUUCGUCUUCUUCGUGGCCACGCUGCAAAAAGGCCAUUAUCGUUUUCAAUUCACCCAAUUUGCUUGGACCCACAUGGCGCUGUAUCUGAUCGUCGUUCAAGCCCAUUUCAUCAUGAACAACAUCUUCGAGGGCAUGAUCUGGUUCUUCCUCCCGGCAUCUCUCGUCAUUACGAACGAUAUCUUUGCAUAUGUUUGCGGUAUCACCUUCGGUCGGACGCAGCUUAUCAAGCUAUCGCCAAAGAAAACAGUUGAGGGUUUCAUUGGGGCAUGGAUUUGCACCAUCAUCUUUGGCUACUUCAUGACCAACAUUCUGAUGCAGUAUAAAUACUUUAUUUGCCCCGUAACGGACUUAGGUUCCAAUGUUGUGACUGGCUUAGAAUGCACCGUCAACCCAGUCUUCAUCCCGACCACAUAUCACCUGCCUGAUUGGCCUCUUCUGCCCACAACGAUUCGUGUUGCGCCGAUGCAGUUCCACAUUCUUGUUUUUGCAACAUUUGCAUCUCUGAUUGCGCCCUUUGGCGGCUUUUUCGCAUCUGGCCUGAAGCGCACGUUCAAAAUCAAGGACUUUGGCGAGUCCAUUCCGGGACACGGCGGUAUCACCGACCGCAUGGAUUGUCAAUUCAUCAUGGGAUUCUUUGCGUUUAUGUACUACCAAAGCUUCAUUGCGCUUCACAAGGCCAGUGUUGGAGAUGUCAUUGAGACUGCAAUCAAUGGCUUGACGGUCGAGGAGCAGCUCGAGGUUGUCCGUGGACUUGGUAAAUACUUGUAUAACCAAGGUGUUGUCACAGAGACGGCUCUUGAAUGUAUAACUGGCGAGCUUUUCAGGCGAUAG